AUGAACGACGUGUAUGACGGUGUCGGUGCCACUUCCAGACGAAAGGCAGCGGUUCUGGUGAAAUGGUGGAGAACUAUUAGGUGCAUCAAAGAAAUCGGAAGGAUCUUUGUUGACGUCGGAGGCGGAGGAACGGACGGUAAAGCAACAUGUAAGUCUUUGUUCUGUAGCUUCUUGUUCUGUGUCGAACGUAAGUUCAGGCUAAGCUUCAAACGUCGGACACGUUCGACACGGUAUGAAGCUCAGAGUGGGAACGUUGCAUUGCGAAGAUCGACUGUUAGGUGGAGUUCGUCACUCUUUGGCGCUAUAUCCGUUCAGAACAAGGACACUUUAUUCAGAACAUCGGCUGGAAAAAGCAAAAUUUCAUCAGUAGACACUGAAUUGGUCGUUAAGUGGCUGUUGUAA